CCCGGCCCGGGCGCGCCAUGUGUGGUAACGCGCGCCGCCGCUGCCACGCUAUUUAAACGCGGGCUGCGCAUCCAGGAACCGGCGCGAAUCAAUGAGAUCAAACGCGAGGGAGAUGCACCGUCUAUUACAAACACUCGGACAAGUCUAACUUUUUUUUUUCUCUUUGACAAAUGCGCUUCCAAAGGCAACCUUAGCAACGCCCAAAUAAGGAGCCACCUCUAAGCAAAAUAGUAUAUAUAUCCAGGAAGGGCGAAAAUAUAUGUUUAUAAUAAGUGUAUGUGUAUAUUACAGACGCACAGGUUUUGACACUCGGUGAACUUUUUCUAUUUUUUUUUUCUUAAAACAACAACAACAACCAACCGUGACACUGCAGAGGACUCUUCCUCUCUGUCUUUUGGCGCGUUUGUGAAGGGGUCUUCGGUUUCCUUGGAGCGCCCAGGGAGGCGCAGGGACCUCGGAGAGAAGAGUGGGGAGGACAGAGGGAGGUGGGUGGGGGGCCGAGGACCAGUCGGCGCGGAGGGCCAGCACUUUCUGGUCGCACGAUGCCGUCGCUGCUGGCGUUCACUUUCUCCGUGUGCGCCCUGUUCGGCUGGGCGUCGCUGGCCGGAGGCGCGGGUGGCGGCGGCGGCGGGGGCCCGGGCCCGGGCGGCGGGCGCCGGGAGCGAGAGGCGCUGGCGCCGCAGAAGAUCGAGGUGCUGGUGCUUUUGCCCCGGGACGACUCGUACUUGUUCUCGCUGGCUCGGGUGCGGCCGGCCAUCGAGUACGCGCUGCGCACGGUGGAGGGCAACAGCACCGGCAGGCGCCUUCUGCCGCCCGGCACUCGCUUCCAGGUGGCCUACGAAGACUCAGACUGCGGCAACCGCGCGCUCUUCACCCUGGUGGACCGCGUGGCGGCGGCGCGCGGCGCCAAGCCCGACCUCAUCCUGGGGCCAGUGUGCGAGUACGCGGCGGCUCCGGUGGCCCGGCUUGCGUCGCACUGGGACCUGCCCAUGCUGUCGGCCGGAGCCCUGGCCGCCGGCUUCCAACACAAGGACUCCGAAUACUCGCACCUCACGCGCGUGGCACCAGCCUACGCCAAGAUGGGCGAAAUGAUGCUAGCUCUAUUCCGCCAUCACCACUGGAACCGCGCCGCGCUGGUUUACAGCGAUGACAAGUUGGAGCGGAACUGCUACUUCGCUCUCGAGGGCGUCCACGAGGUCUUCCAGGAGGAGGGCUUGCACACGUCCUCCUACAACUUCGACGAGACCAGAGAUCUGGAUGUGGACGACAUCGUGCGCUACAUUCAGGCCAGCGAACGAGUGGUAAUCAUGUGUGCGAGUGGUGACACGAUCCGGAGCAUCAUGCUGGCAGCUCACAGACAUGGCAUGACGGGUGGAGACUACGCCUUCUUCAACAUCGAGCUCUUCAACAGCUCUUCCUACGGAGAUGGCUCGUGGAGGAGAGGAGACGACUUUGACUUGGACGCGAAGCAGGCAUACUCAUCCCUCCAGACCAUUACUCUCCUGAGGACAGUGAAACCUGAGUUUGAGAAGUUCUCCAUGGAGGUGAAAAGUUCUGUUGAGAAGCAGGGACUCCACGAGGAGGAUUACGUCAACAUGUUUGUUGAAGGAUUCCACGAUGCCAUCCUGCUCUACGUCCUGGCUUUACACGAAGUACUCAGAGCUGGUUACAGCAAGAAGGAUGGAGGGAAAAUCAUCCAGCAGACUUGGAACAGAACAUUUGAAGGGAUUGCCGGGCAGGUGUCCAUAGAUGCCAAUGGAGACCGAUACGGGGACUUCUCUGUGAUUGCUAUGACUGACAUGGAAGCAGGCACCCAGGAGGUUAUUGGAGAUUACUUUGGAAAAGAAGGUCGUUUUGAAAUGCGGCCGAAUGUCAAAUAUCCCUGGGGACCUUUGAAAUUGAGAAUAGAUGAAACCAGACUUGUGGAGCACACGAACAGCUCUCCUUGCAAAUCAUCAGGUGGUCUAGAGGAGUCUGCUGUGACGGGCAUUGUUGUUGGGGCCCUGCUAGGAGCAGGCUUGCUAAUGGCCUUCUACUUUUUCAGGAAGAAAUACAGAAUAACCAUUGAGAGACGAAACCAGCAAGAAGAAAGUAACGUUGGAAAACAUCGGGAGUUAAGGGAAGAUUCCAUCAGAUCCCAUUUUUCAGUGGCUUAAGAGAAGCUAUAUAAGAAGCCUAAAUAAAUAUUUUUUUUUUUCAUUCUGCCUGAGAUUCCUUAAGAUGGAAUGAAAGACAUCAGUGAAGCCGAAGGAUUGCUCUUUUAAGCAGCAUUUCGUUUUCAACAUUUUGAAGAAGCUCAGGAACUGUUCUGCAUCACCAUCUGCCUCUCGGCUUUUCAUCUCACGACAAAUAUAAGGAUAUGAUGUCACUCUGUUAAGUGUUUAAGCUGCUUCAAGGGCAUAGAAUUGGAUUUCUGUUGUACAAAUCUGAUGUCUCCGUAUCUUGAUGGCUCUUGGGGACAUUUCACACAAGGACAUAAAAUGUGAUUUUCCUAAAUGAUCAUGUUCUGUAGCUAGAAUAAAGAUCAUUUUUAUAAGUAGAAUAUCUUUGGACAGGAUUUGACACCCAAGAAGAAGGGAAUGGAAUGGGAAGGUCUCAAAUAGAGCACGGCUGUCUCGAGCUGGUAGAAAGAGGGAUGGUGGAGGGCUGCUGUGUCCGAUGUCUACAUUCAGGUUCUGACUUCGAAUCUUGAAAAGGGGUUUUUUUCCUUGUCUCAGUGUCUCGUAAAAGCUACUCUGGACAGUUGUAAAUAUUAGUGAUGUAGGAGGAUUUAUAUAAGAAAAACAAAUCUGAAUUUUGUGUGUGUUUGUGUGUAAAAAGCCUUAUUUCACACUAACAUUUUAUUUUUAAGUAUGUUAAUCUUAUAUUUUGAUAUUAGAAAAUGUGUCUAUUUUUUCAUUUUGAAGAUUAAAUUUCACUUAUAUUUUAAAAACUUGGGUCAAGUGUACAACAAACCAGUAAAUGAUGGAAGAUAUCUCUUUUUCUCUCUGUUUCUCUCUUCCCCUGGUCAUAGCCAAAUGCUAACUGCUACUUUAACUACAAAGAUAUGGAAAUGUAUUUAGAUUAUAGACUCUAUAAGAAUGCAGCCAUUUAAAACCAUUUUAUGUUUGAACCAUUUAAAAUGCAAACUAUUGUAGGGCUGCACUCAUUCCAGUUCUGGCCAGAUAAUGAGUUUUAAGAUCAAGAAGCAUAAAUUAUUAGAAUUAGGCAGAGUUUUAAAAGGAGGUAGCCCUUUCCCCCUGAGAACAACUUUAGAGAGAGCUAGAAUUUGUCAAUAAGACUGAAAUGGCAAAUUGAAAAAAUAUAUACUUGGUACUUACCAGAACUCACAGUGACAUUUGUUUUUUUUUCCUCUUUAAUAAUAUUUUUGUUUUCAGGGUGUGGGGGUAGGCUAUGUAUCUCCUUUGUGAGUAUUCAUUUCCAGUCAACCCUGUAGAAUUUGGGGGUCACCCACCAAUAAUCUGUAACAGAGGCUCAGGGUGUGGGUGUAAGGAUUUGGGACAAUUUUGAAUAGGGAUUUCCUGGAGGACUACUUUGCACACAGUACUCUGCACAUGGGUUUAUAUGCAGGUUGUCGUUUUUCACUUAGAGCUUUGGAGAAAAUCGACAACAAGGAAAGAAAAGGAAAUAUCACAUAAGUGUGCCACCUUGUCAUUCUGUGAUUAGGAGAUGUCCUCAACAUUUUGAGCCUUUGAAAAGCAUUUUUGAAAAGGGUCUUAAUAUCUAGAAAAGAGAGAACAAGACACAAGGGAGUUGGAGCAUGGAGGUUGGGGAGGAAAAGAGUGGCUGCUCCAUGUGCUGGACCUCGCCUGAUUUGGCUUUCCCGGAGGGCUAUGCCUGAGCCCACUGCCUUCAGAGGGAUGAGGGCACGACAGAAUGGGAGGACAGGCUGGAAGAACGAACUGUGAUGAACCGAAACAGCAGUGCUGCAGUAUGUCACGCUAGAGGCAAAGGAAAGAGUGCUGGACUAAAAAAGAGGAUGGAAAAGAAGGCAAGAAAGAUAGUGAUGCUACAUCCUAAUGGGGGAAGAGAGUUGGUAAUUAAAAUCCAGGACAACAAAGUAUUUGAUGGCUGGGAUUCCCUCCAAUGAAAGCAAAAUGGAAGGAGUGGCAUAUUAUCGGUCAUUGGCACUGGAGAGGCUAUUUUUCUCUCAUUCAAAUUCCUCAUGAUAUGUUCUGUCUCCUUUAGAGAUAACAAUUUUUUAUUGUGCCUAUAUCCUGAAUUUUGGGGAGGGGUGGAGAACACUUUGGGUUCUGGACUUGUUCAGUCAUUCUAGAAUUUACAUGAUGGUCCACUAGCAAACUAGAGGACAUACCAUUUACUUUUAUUGAAGGCCAAGGAAUAAUUCUAAGCUUAAUAUUAUAUCUCUAGAUAAGAUCUUAAAGAAAGGUAAGAAUUUAUUCUUGUAAAAAUCACAGUUUCUUGGUUUUGGAUGCCAUCUUCUUCCUAUUUUAAGGCAAAUUUAACUGAUUUUAAAUGUUGAUUUACACAUCUAUCAUAUAUUCUUUAUAUAUAUUCUUGAAAUCUUGAUAUGGUCAACAAAAUGCCAAACAGUUUUGAUAAUUUCAUAAAGUUGGGGAAAAUACUGCCAAAAGUUUAGGUGUUGGCCCCAAGUUCACUCUGGUGUGAGAUUUCUCAAGAUUGUAUUUUGCAAUUUCAGCUUCCAAUUGUGCUGCAACAUCUUAGACAACUAAUCAGUCAUAUUCUGCAAGGAGCCACAUACCAUACCGUUAAGUAAAUAGGACUUCAGUUCUUAAAUAAUUUUAUAACUUUUUUUAAAUCCUGAAGUUUAGGGUGUUCAGAAUUCAAAUGACUAUUUUAUGAAUAUUUUCUCAUCUGGUGAAACAAGCUUAUAUUGACACAGAUCGAAAGGAGUAUGUACUUUUUUGUUGUAUAAACAAGUAUUAGUUUUAUGGUUGUCAUUGUCUUUUUGAAUUCUGAGGGGACAAAGAGGAACUUGGAAGUAAAAUCUUUCCCUAGAUGAUAACUUCUAUCUUGAAAGAACUUUCUUCAGAGAGUUCACGUCUUCCCUUGACCUGGGCACACAGGCUUCAUUAGGAAAGCUCUGUACACAUUAUAUUUCUCUUGCAGAACCAUCAACUUUUCUUAUUUUGGACUUUGGACAUGGUUCCAAAGCCCAUACCCUCUUUACAUUUCCAAAACUUUUUUGUUGAAUGGAGGAAAUGCAGAAAUGAAAAAAGAAUGCUGCUUUCUGCUCUUAAAUUUGAAACUUGGGCGUGCUGAUGCCAGUCACGACUCCCCCUUGCCAGGCUUCCAGGGUUGUUAGUUUUCCGCAGUUGCCUUCCUUGUCCAACUUACCACUUUCUUUCUGCUUGUGGCUGAUUUGGGGGCUUAUUAGGAGGUAGUAGAAUUAAGGUCAUUGUAUAGAACACAGCCAGCCAGUGGCAGCAAUUCAGAAGGCAAGUUUCAGGGACCUCAUCAUCUUUUAAAAGUGAGUAGACACUGGCUGCUCGUGGCAGUCUUUUUAAGAGACCAUACAGGAUAUUCUGCCACUGGUAUUAAUAACAAAUCUAUAAACAGGAAGGCAUGAGUGUCCAUAUUUUUGGGGACAUAGAAGAAACAGUUCCUGAUUGUAGGUGAUCAUAAAGGCAAAUGCCAACUAAAAUUAGGCCUCCUGAUCUAUGAUUCAUGGGUUUUAUUUAGUUAACCCCUGUGGUUCAGGGCAUCAUAAGGAAGUUGAUAAAGAACUGAAUUUCCUGAUCAGUAGGAAAAACAGAAAAUGUCUUAAAGCACAGGAUAUGUUUUAAAGUGAGGAAGCAGAGUGGAGGAGAUGGCACUUGGAGAGGGACAGCUUUAUUUUUCAAAUGGUCUUCAGAACAGACUAAAAAAUUUAGUUUCCUACAAUCAGUCUAUGUAAGAAGCUUGGGAAGCACCAAGCAAGACUCAGGAACUUGAUUCUCCAAAAGAAACACAAGAGGGUAGCUUUACCGGCUGCCUCUGUCUUGACCUCUUGUUCCCAGCACUCCCAUUCACCCUCUGUCACAUCUCCAACGAUGUGUCAGCAUGUUUGCUCAUGCAGGUGAAAACACAAGAGGAGGCCUCCCACCUCCUGAGUGAAAGAGAUGGAACAAUACUGGCUGUAAGGCAGCAGGUUUUGAGUCGGACCUCUCACGUAAAAUUUGCCAUGCAAACUCUUGGUGCAACAUCAGCCUGUUGUGUGCAUGCACCCAAGAAAGUUUGGCUUUGGUUUUCAGUGUUCGGAUUUCACAAAUGUCUUUUGCAGAAAUCAGACAGCAUUUGAAAGGUGCUAGAGAGGCGUCUGUUUGAAUUUCUCAUGAACCACUGAUGUUAAUUCAUACCGAAGGUAAAUCAUUCCAAACUAGCUGAGGCUACUUACACCCACAUUGUAUGCUUUUUUUUUUUUCCAAAACAACAAAAAGGUUUCAAUGGAGAAUGAGUCUUUGAUGUGUCAGGUGUGGGGUGAUCUCUAGGAAAGAACCUAAACAAGCAGGAUCAGGAGAGAGCAGAAAGUGUUGCUUUGUUUUGGUUCACAUUGUGAAAGCUAAAUGCCUAUGCACAAGGGAUGAAGGGUCCACCUACUGAGUGUAAAUCACCCCAGAGGGUAUCAAAUUGUUUUUUAUUUACCAGGAGAACAAAGCUGUCAUAACACAUAAAAUGCGAGCAGGGGAUGCAGAGAAAGAUUUUGAAGUAGAGUAGCCUACACAUUGUUGAUGGGAAGAUCUUCACAAGACAGCAAGGGGCAGGGCAGGGGUGCUGUGCAUCUGUCAGCAUCUGUGGUGGGUCCUGUGGUUCUUUGCUUUGAUCCCUGUGAUAAAGGAUGAUGGAAGCCAAGAGGUCACGAGGCACACACUGUGGAGGGGCGGUUCUACAGCACUUGGCCCCUUGCCCAUGUUACUCAUCAUUAGUUUAAACAGGACUGUCCAACAAUAUAAACUGACUAUGAGUUUGGUAGAGGAGUGAAGAGAGAAGUUUCACAUGCUGCAUACGGUUUAUUAUUCUUAUGUAAGUAGAGCUAUCUGCAUAUAAUGUGAUCUAAUUUAUUGUCAUUUUGUGUAGAAAAUGAGAAUUGAUGACUGUGGAUAUAACUCCUGUUUUGUAUAAUGUAUUUUAUUUCUGGUGCAAACUGGUCAUUUAAAAUAUCUCUUUCAUUUGGUGUUUGGCUAUAAAUGUGUAUGUGUUCUUGUAAAUGUUUCUAUUAAGCAAGAAUGCCACAUCCUUGGAGUAUAACAAUGUGUUCCCAUUAAAAAAGUACAUCCCACA